UAUCUCUGUUAAGUGCCAAGGCCCACCAUAAGUCCAUACUUCGCUUAGAAAGCCCAUAUUAUGCCCGAUUGGCAAAUGUUCCCUCCCUCCAUAUAUACCUCUGCUCAGCUAUAAAGCACAGAACAGAAAACAUCCAGUCACACCAAAUGCAGAUCAAAUAAAAUCUUCUUCACCAAAAAAGGAUGCCAAAGCCUAAGCCUUUUUCUUCUCUCUUUCGGAAAAAACCACAAACACUUUCCUUCCAAGAUUACUACACAAAAUGGUUUAAAACUCUCAAGAAAACCCACCUCCCUCUCAUUCAACUCUCCCUUUCUUCAUCUUCUUCACCAACUCUUCUCCACUCACGCAUUGAUAUCCUCCUUCAUCACUUCCUCGCCUACUAUGACACCUUGGAUCUCGCUGCCUCCCAAGAAAACCUCCCUCAACUUCUCUUCCCUUCUUGGCGCAACUCUCUUGAAAUACCAUUUCUCCUUCUCGGUGAUCUCCACCCCUAUCUCUUCACCAACCUUUUAAGAUCCUUUCUUGAUCAAGAAACUGAGGAAGGAGAAGAAAAUGACUCUUGCGAUGGUGUUGUUGCUGGUCUUGAUAGACCGUGGCAAGUGAUGAUGGCGUGGAAGAAUGUAUCCAAACACUUGAUGAAUCACAUCGAUCAAAUAGAAUGUGGAUUAAGACUAAUGGUGCCUGCAUUGAUGAGCAGAAUUAAGAAGGUACAGGGUGGUUUUGUGGGAAGGAUAGCAGAGGAUUGGGGGGCGGAUUGUGAAGGGAAAAGAGAAAGGAUUGAAGAGGCAAUGAAGGAAGCGAUGGAAGAGAUGGUGAGUGUGUUUAUGGAUGCGAAUAGGUUGAGAAAGAGUGUGAUUACGGAGAUAGUGAGUGGGUUGAGUUUGUAUCAGGCAGCUUUGUUUCUUGAAGGUUUAGCCCAAUUUCUUGUUGGGCUUAGGGAGGAGGAAGUGCUUGGUGAAUUCAAACGCUGCAAAAAUUCGCAUCUGUGAAGAAUGAGUGUACGUGUAUUUAUUCUGUGUUCUUGGAUACAGGUUAAGUCUUCCCAUUAUUCUGGGUUGAUUUGUAAAUUGUUGAUCAUCAGCUGUUAUGGUUUAGGGUAUAAUUUUGAUGAAUCUGGUGUUAUUGGUAUAAAAGCCUUUAAUUCAGUUG